AUGCUCGACUCCUUCGAUGUCUACAGCCGUCCCUUGCCGGACCGACGGCACUCGGGUGACCAUGUGCGGUUUCGACCUCCAAUGUCCCGAAACACCAGCUCGACGUCCAUAAAGUCAGAGCCUGGUCUGUCCACAUCGCCCAGCCACGGAGAUCUUCGUGCUGCCCGUUCAGCCAACAAUUCACGUUCCGGGUCCAAGUCUCCAUCGGGACUUGGGUGGUUCUUUGGGAAAAGUAAACCAGACAAACCAGACAAACCCGAGAAGGCACAGAAAAGCGACAAGCCGAAGAAGGAGAGGCGAGGUCGUGACCCAAUUGUCCAAGCGGCCCGUCACGCUGCGGCAGUAAGGGCGAGGAAGGCCGCAGAACAGAACAAUAUGAAUGCAACGAACGGGUCUUGCAGUGUCCCGCGCGUGGUCGGCACUCAAAAGAGCCAUCGUGUGAGCGCCGAGGAACAAGCCAUGAGGCGCCCACACUCAGGACCGCCCACGCUAGCUCCUGUGAAGGACCGGGUUGAUAGCAUGGGCGUGCUGACCCGGAUCAUAAGCGGCGACGAGGCUGACGAACCUGACGAACGGCAGCGCAUGCGUGAAGAAUACAAGCAAAAUAAAUAUUUUGAUUUGGAUAUGCUGCAAGUUGUCGAGAGGGGGCUCGGAAGCAUCAAUAGUUCUGGAACGACCACGCCCGAGGACAGAGAAUUGAUCCAGUCCGAACGAUCAUCGCCGGAACGUACCAACCCGUCACCCGGACCAUUGCCCUCUGUGGCAGAGCAUCCUGUCUCCCCCCAGCAGUACCGCCCUAGACCGUUGAGACGAAACACUCCGAUUGGACUCCGAUGGAAGAAAGACGAGCAUGGAGUUUGGAAGAGAUGA